GAGGGUGAGUUUAGGGAAAGACGGAGCCACACUGUCAAUCACAAUUAAGGAACCAUGGGAGUAAACUGGUGAGGAAGCUCGGCGGAACCACAGUGUUUACGGUGAAGAUUGUUUUAAUUUGCGCAGAAACGACCACUAUGCACCGGUACACUGUGGGACAUUCACAUCUGAUCUCGCCAACUGGGAAUCGCUCCACUUUGACGGGAAUUAGCAUGAUACGUUACAUAUAACAACAACAAACUUAGCGACUUCCAGUUGCCUGUGCCUUCUUUUUUUCCCUCUGCCCUCACAGCGUUCCAGUUUGAACAAAAUACACAAGUCACCGUUGAUAUUUGUUCAAAAGGCGGUGCCGCGGAGGUUUAUAUUAAACCCGAGCCCUGGAUAUACCCGUGUUUUUGACUCCCAACUCGUGGAAAAUCUGGUCUGUGCAUUUCAGAGAACUGCCUGGUCGGCAAGUCGACUUUCGAAGGAGUGACGGUACAAGAAGACACUCCCAGAAACAAACGAAGCCAAAGAGCAAUCUGAAGGGAGCCGAUAUGAGUGGGGGAGAUGUGGUGUGUUCAGGGUGGCUGAGAAAGUCUCCUCCUGAAAAAAAGUUGAGACGUUACGCAUGGAAGAAGCGGUGGUUUGUUCUUCGCAGUGGCCGUCUGACGGGCGAUCCAGACGUAUUGGAGUACUACAAGAAUGACCAUGCCAAGAAGCCCAUCCGCGUGAUUGAUCUCAACUUGUGUGAGCAGGUGGACGCUGGGCUGACGUUCAACAAGAAGGACCUGGAGCACAGCUUCAUAUUCGACAUCAAGACCAUCGACCGUGUCUUCUACCUGGUGGCUGACACCGAAGAAGAGAUGAAUAAGUGGGUUCGCUGCAUCUGCGACAUCUGUGGUUUUAACCCCACCGAUGACGAGGCAGCAAAAGCUGCUCACCAGUCAGCCAUCGGAGGCCUGGUGGUGGACACCCCACCACACCCGGCACAUAUCGCCGGUCCACCAGCGGUGCUGUCCAGCGUGCCCCCUCCAUACCAGCCGGUCAGCGUGCGACACCUGGACUCUCAGUCCAGUUCAGAGGAGCCCCAGGACUACCUGUGGCUCGUCAACUGCGAGAGCAAAAAGCCUGAACCCAACAGAGCUCAUGCUGAGUGUUCCAAGUCUACCUCUUCAGAGACGGACCUGAAUGACAACCUCCCCUCUCACCGCACGCCCACCUCCUCCACCUCCUCAGCUAAACACACCUCGCACAACGGCUUCUUCCCACAGCACCCGGCCUCCGCCUCUUCCAUCUACGACUCGCCUCCAUCCCGUUGUGCCUCUCUAUCGACAGACGUGGGCCUGUACCACCUCCCUCGCAGCUACUCCCAGGACACUGUGCUGCUCCCAAAGUCCGCCUCCUCCCCCGUGGCCCACCCGGACAGCGGGGAUGCCUCCGAGCUGUAUGUCUUCAACACGCCGUCACGGAAGCCCUCGAUGGAGUCGCAGAUGCGCAACCUUUCCAUCAGUUACGAUAUUCCACCUACGCCUGGCGCAAACUGUACCUACCAGGUGCCCCGCACUUUGUCAGCGUCGACAGGUGUGGGCGGCUCAGAGGGUGGGGGAGAUGCAGUACCCCCUCCCAGACCACCCAAGCCUUCGCUCAGUUCCACCUCAGGACCCCCGCCACCACCAGCUGAGCGCUCACCUACGGACACCUAUUUUGUGCCUCGCUCAGCGUCCGAGACGGACGGAAACUACUGUGUGCCUACUAGCGCUGGGAAUAAGGCUUUACGCAGCAACACUAUUGGCACUGUGGACUGUUCGCGCCUCCGCAAAGAUUUUGGAUCCCAGGACUGCUACGACAUUCCUCGAUCAUUCUCCUCUGAGAAAAGCUGUUCAUUUGACUUCAAUGAGAGCUUCAACAGCUACUUUAAAAAUAAAGGAAUGAUGCCAGUGGGCAGCCAGUCCACAGAAGAGGUCGACCAGAACUACGUCCCCAUGAGCGCCAACUCGCCGUCGCACCAUCGCUCGGGCAGUUUGUCGGAGCCGAUGCACGAACCGAACUAUGUGCCCAUGACCCCGAGCACCAUGGAGUUCUCCUCCCUGGGGAAACAGGUCCCCCCGCCCGCCCACAUGGGCUUCCGCUCCAGUCCCAAGACUCCGCCGCGCAGGCCAAUGCUCAGCGACUGCCAGCCCCCGCCUGUGGACCGAAAUCUCAAACCUGAUCGCAAAGGUCAGAGUCCUAAAAUAAUAAGAGCAAAAGGUGUCGGUUUAGAGCGAACCGACUCUCAAACCGUAGGUGAAUUCCCGAGAGGACGACGCAAGGGAAGACCAGCUCCACUUGAGAUCAUACCACUGCCAGAAUGGGAGGAGCCCUCUACGCCCGUCCGCUCGCCCGUCACACGCUCAUUCGCUCGGGAUCUUUCUAGGUUUCCAAUGCCAACGAGACCCAUGUCAGUGCAUAGUACGGCCUCCAGCACUGACUCCGAAGACUGUGAUGAGAAUUAUGUAGCCAUGGUCUCUAAUAAGUCCACAGAUGAACCAUUCAUGAAGCUUGGUGCCCCCAUGACUGCGGAUGGUGGGAGCAGCCCUAUGAUGAUUCAGAAGGGAGACAAACAGGUGGAGUACCUGGAUUUGGAUCUUGACUCCGGCAAGUCUACCCCACCUAGGAAGGUUAAAAGCAAUGGAACGGGAAUGGCAGUUUCAGAUGAGCGUGUUGACUACGUGGUUGUGGACCAGCAGCGGACGCAGGCCCUUAAGAGCACACGGGAGGCCUGGAACGAUGGCCGCCAAUCCACAGAGACAGACACCUCUUCCAAGGGACCCAAGUGACCCCGUUGUCCCAACCGCCAACCCACCCCCAAAACUGUUGGGCCCUUUUCCACUAGUGUAGGCUCUGGUGUGUGCUUUGGGACGGUCCAGCUGUCACCUUCCACCUCAGCAAGAUCCUUAAUGUGUGGUGGAGCGUCAUAGCCACUCAACUGUUUAGUUUACACUGCUGUUAGGCCUAGGACAGCACUGUGUGUACAGUCGUAGGAAGUGGUAUGAGCCAGGAAUAAGCUGUAUGCGGUAUGAAAGCAGGUGGAAUGACUGGACUUGUCUUCGGGGGUUUGACUUAAGCAGACCCACAAACUUUGAACAUUCACUGCCUCCUAUAUUGGAUUGGAGUUUUUUUGUUUGUUCUGUUGUUCACCUUUCAAUGGCUGGUGGGCGGAUCCACAGUUAACAUUUCCUUCUAUUCUAAUGCUGUUUAAUGUUUUGAAGUAUAAGUUGAAUCACUUGAUAACAUGAUCAAAAUACUUUAUCAAUGCAACUCUCUACUACUUAGCAUAGCUGGUUAACAGAGUUGAUUUUUUACAGUUUCUCCUGUUUUGAGUGGAAUGAAGUUUCCAUAGGCACUGGUCACAGGUCAGUUUCACAAUUUUUAGUUAGUGUGGAUGACUGAAACUCACCCUGAACUGUGUCUAUGGCAAACUUCAAACCGGAUCUCCAAGAUAACCCAGUACGAUAGAAUUUCAUAGUUUUAUUACUUUUUUUUUUUUUUUUUUGUUCUUUUCCUUCAAUGUAAAAGCAGUUGAACUCGUUCAUUUUACAUGUAACCAAGUGCUCAAUUUAAGCUUUGGAUUCACUCAAGGUUUUAUCCACUGAACAUGAUUUGAUUUCCAUUUACUUUGUACGUGGGGAUGCUUCAAUCUGUUAUAAUGGAAGUGCAAAGACUGUACAAAAGUGUUAUGUAUAUAAACAGGAAAAAAGUGUCCUUUAUUUGUAUGGAAUAUCCAGCGCGUUUAACUCGAGGGUAUGUGGAUUCUGCAGGGUAGAAUCCUGUGCCGGUCUUAGGUGGUAUGAGGACUUGUGAUAAAUGAAUGAAUUACUGUGAGUUUUUAAAAGAAAGUGACAGGUUUUGUAUAAGUUAUGCAAAGGUAUCAAACUUAGGCUAGAGAGAAAAUCAGGUACUUCUGAAUACAACUAACCAUUUCUAAUUUAUUUCUCAAGUUAUUUCAUCAGGUGGAUGUCGUGUCCACUUUUAGCUCAGUAUUCUUGAUUCAUUUGCUAAAGUCUGUUAACAUGCUUAAGUUUGACAAGCGCCGGUCAAUUAGUUUCACAAGUUCAUUGAUAUUCCUCAUUCCACUCUUAUCUAAGGUUUAAUUUAUUUCAAAUUGAACUGGCAUACAGUUUUGGGAAAUCAACUGCCUCAUGUAGUCAACUUGAGACAUCUUUUUAUAGACGGUGAAAAAGUCUUUGUCUGCAUAAAUCUGUGCUUUUACUAACCUGUGAACUCUUGACUCCGAAGUCCCAAGCAUGUGCUACCAUAAGAUAAAAUCAUUGCUGUACAUAUUUUGCCAUCAAUUAGAUUAACAUGUAUCAUUUGAAAAAUGUGCCUACUAAGUCAUCUUCAUUCUACUUCACUCUUUCCUUAUUGCAGUCUUUUUGUGAUACGGACUGCAAAGCUGAUGAUGCUUUAUCUUUUUUUAAUGAAUCUCGACAGAAAAUGUAAAUUUUGAAAGUGGACUAAAUAAAAUCCAACCUCUUAUG